CGAGUAACGCUCGGGAGCGGCGUGGUAGCGGUGAUGGCCCCGGAGCGCGGCGGCCGGUCGUUCCCCGCCGGUACCGAGGGUCUUCCGAGGGUCUUCCUGCAGAGCCUGCGGACCCUCUUCGAUAUCCUGGAUGACCGGCGGCGGGGCUACGUGCACUUACGGGAGAUUGAGUCCCGCUGGCGGGGGGCGGAAGCCCGGGAGCUGCCCGCCGGGGUGAUGGAGGGGCUGCGGCGGGCGGCACCGGCCAGCGGGUACCUCACCUUCGAGCGGUUCGUCCUGGGGCUGCGCGCCGCCCUGCCCGGUGCUGACCCCCCGCUGGAGAGCGGCGGCGGGCGGCGGAGCGCGGAGAAGCCGCCGAGCCCGCGCUGUGCCGAGGAGCGGCGCGGGAAGAGCCGCGGGCAGCGGGAGCCGGGGCACAGCCAGCCCCGCGGCCCAGGUGGUGAUGCUAAGGCUGCGGGGCAGUCCCAGGGAGAUGGCAGCCAUCCAGGGUCUGGAGACCCUAAGAGGCAUCAGAGGGGACGUGCGGAACACCGGAGACACACCAUCACCAAUGGCGUAGACUUCAGCAUACUGAAGCACAUGAAGGAGCUGGAACAGGAGAAGGAUUUCCUGCUGCAGGGUCUGGAGCUGGUAGAGCGCGCCCGGGAGUGGUACCACCAGCACAUCCAGUUCAUGCAGGAGCGCCAGAGACUCCUGGGGAAGAACAAAACCAAUGCUGACUUCCUUGCUGAGAGCAGCCAGAGCCAGCUGGGGCUCCUGGUCCCCAAGCUGCAGGAGGUGAACCGCUGCCUGGGUGACCUCCUUUCCACUGCCAGCAAGCCAGCGAACCCCACCUCAGCUCUGAGCAAGCUGGUUCCUGUGGCGUCCCCAGCCUCCGCAGGCUCCCAGCAAGCCAUCAACAUGCUGAAAGAGCAAAACCGGCUUCUCACCAAGGAGGUGACCGACAAGAGUGAACGCAUCACCCAGUUGGAGCAGGAGAAAUCUGCCCUGAUCAAGCAGCUCUUUGAGGCUCAUGCCCGUAAUAACCAUGAAACGAACCAGCUGGACUCCACCUUCAUCUAGUGCCCAGCUCCCUGCUCCCCAUCCUUCAGCUUCCCUAGGGGUUUUGUGGGACUCGCCCAAAAGCCAUCGCACCUGUUGCUCCAGGUGUCACAUCUGGAGGUCUGGAGCUGCCGGUGGCAUCUCUACAGGAGGAAGCCAGGAAGGCAUUUCCCUGCCCCUGCCUGGGGAGCAUCCCCACACUGCUCUGCUGCUGGGCUUUCCAGCUGCGCUGCUCUCAAGCUGCUCCUUUUCUGUCUCUAAGCAGGCUGCAGGGACUGUACACCCAGCCCCGUGAUCCCCAACACGCUGGGGGAAACGGCCGCUGCCCGUGUUGCCUGCGCAGAGGGGAGCUGCUGUGCCCUUGGCCUGACUUAGGCUGAAUUUUGGUUGCUCUCAGAAAAAGAUGAUGCAUCUUCAAUCCUCCAGCUGGCAUCUCCAGGCAAGCUUGGCCAUCGAAGUGUGGCCUGUCCCCUGCUUGUCCUGCUGUUGGAGGACAAGAUUGAAAAUCCAAGGGGGAAUCCCUGCUGCCUGAGCUCUGCCUGCCAGUGACACUAUGCUGGGCCAGAGCAGUGCCCAAGCUGGUGCUCCUCCUGGGGAAAUCCCUCUUUCCAGUUUGCGGUAGUGAUGCCAUAGUCGCUGUUUACACAUCUGCAGGCUCCUGUAGUUAAUGAGCCAUAGACCCAAACGAGGUAGCCUGUACCUCUGAGCUGCUCUUUCAGGCUGUUUGCAGAUUGAGGCAGACACCUCUACACCCCUUCCUUUGGCUUGACCUGGCAAAUGUGCCCUUAUGACUGCCAGGCUUACAUUUUUUUCACGAUGACUCUAAAAGGAAAGGUGAUGUCCUACAGCAUGAAGAUGCUAACACAAGCCUGACUUCACAGAGGGGCUUUAGGACGAGAUUUUGUAUUUAACUGAACAUGGGUGAUAGAGUAGGGGCUGAUGGGCUCUUCCAUUUGCACACCCCCAAGUAGAGAAACGGCAGCUUUGCCUGUUCUGGUGGUGGACGCUGGCUCCCCGGGGUGACAUCCCAAAUGUGAACUGCACCCCUUUCCAGGUCUCUCGGGUGGUCUAGGUGUGGGUCCUGUUAGACUGGUGGAUCUCAGGAUACCUCCUCCCUCCAACCUAGCUGAGUGACGAUGCUCGAGCUGAAUGGUGUCUUCCACUGUGGCUUGGUACUUGGUAUGUAUGGUACUUUCAUAGGAGACCCUUGUGAACCCCCCUGUAGCACAGGCCUGGCCCUCUGCAGCUCCAAGACCAGGACCUUUCUCUCCAGGGAUGUUUCAUGCUUUGACUCUCCUGGCACGAUGCCGUGGCACACUGCACUGAGGCAGAAGGUGCUGGACCUGCUCUGCCCUGGGCUGGGCACCACGCGGCCCAGUUCCUUUCUCACUCCUGUUUUUAUCUGUCCAGUGCUGUCUGUCCCAUCCAACUCUUCUCUUUGAGGUUGAUCUUGACCUGAAGCUCACUGCAAGGCAUGAAUCCUUGCUCUGCCUUUGUCCCUGCUACCCUGUGCUGGAGUGGGGACCAGCAGAGUGCCAGGCAGAGGCAAAAGGCCACGGCACGUCAAGGCCCCUAUCUACAGGAGUAGUGUGUUAGUUGUCCCCUGGGCAUCAGUGCCUGCCAUCUCUGUCAUGAUGCCACCUCUGGUGUCCAGUGUCUGUUUUGCCUGAGGUUUAAUUAAAAGUGACCCUCUUUAUAAAGACGGUCACCUGUCUGUAGGGAUAAUAAAAUGGGGUUAACUA